CCACACCUGAUGCAUUUUCAGCAAAAACGCUUAAACUGAGAGCAGACCACCAAGAUGGCGUCGCUAGCUCUCACAUCCUCGUCUUCGUGCUCUCUUGCCUUUAAUUGUCUUCCUUCUCUCAAGUCUCGCUCUCUCUCCCACAUCAGAUCCACUCCAAAUCGCGUUCCUUUCCUCCCUAAACUCACUGCUAAUUCCAGAUUUCCUCUCUCCCAUUCCUUCCUUCCAAAAUUCUCCAAAUCCAAUGUCGCUACUGCAACCGCAAUCUCUCAGAAGCGGAGAAAUUUAAACUUAACGGUCAAAGCAUCAGUCUCAGCAUCAUCACCUGCUUCUGCUUCUGCUUCUUCUUCUUCUACACAGCCAUGGCAGGGCGCGGCUAUCAAGCCAUUACUUGCGUCAAUUGCCACAGGUGUUAUUCUCUGGUUCGUUCCGGUUCCAUCUGGAGUCUCGCGGCCUGCUUGGCAACUACUUGCAAUUUUUCUUGCCACUAUUGUCGGCAUCAUCACGCAACCUUUACCUUUAGGUGCUGUUGCCUUGAUGGGUUUAGGUGCUUCAGUACUCACCAAAACUUUAACUUUCUCCGCCGCAUUUUCGGCUUUCGGCGAUCCGAUCCCGUGGUUAAUUGCACUUGCUUUCUUUUUCGCUCGAGGAUUUAUUAAGACUGGACUUGGAAACAGAAUAGCUUACCAAUUCGUAUCGCUUUUUGGAUCUUCUUCGUUAGGUUUAGGUUACAGUCUCGUGUUUAGUGAAGCAUUGUUAGCACCUGCAAUUCCAUCAGUUUCUGCUAGAGCGGGAGGGAUCUUUUUACCAUUGGUGAAAUCAUUGUGUGUUGCUUGUGGGAGCAAUGUUGGCGAUGGUACCGAGAAUAAGCUUGGCUCGUGGUUAAUGUUAACUUGUUUCCAAACAUCGGUUAUUUCUUCUUCGAUGUUCUUGACUGCCAUGGCAGCUAAUCCUUUGAGUGCCAAUUUGACAUUGAGUACGAUAAAGCAGACAAUUGGAUGGACAGAUUGGGCUAAGGCGGCCUUUGUGCCUGGAUUGGUGUCUUUGCUUGUUGUGCCUUUGCUCUUGUAUAUAAUUUAUCCGCCCACGGUGAAGACCAGCCCGGAUGCGCCUAAGUUGGCUAGGGAGAAGUUGGAGAAGAUGGGGCCAAUGACUAAGAAUGAGAUCAUUAUGACUGGAACUUUGCUUCUUACGGUGGGCCUCUGGAUUUUCGGAUCAAAGUUGAAUGUGGAUGCCGUUACUGCUGCUAUUCUCGGAUUGUCUGUCCUCCUUAUCACUGGUGUAGUGACGUGGAAGGAGUGCUUAGCUGAAUCAGUAGCCUGGGAUACCCUCACAUGGUUUGCUGCGCUCAUUGCGAUGGCUGGGUAUCUCAAUAAGUAUGGUCUAAUCUCUUGGUUCAGCCAAACUGUAGUUAAGUUUGUUGGUGGACUGGGACUUUCGUGGCAGCUAUCUUUUGGCAUUUUAGUUCUUCUCUAUUUCUAUUCUCACUACUUCUUUGCCAGUGGAGCAGCUCAUAUUGGUGCCAUGUUUACAGCCUUCCUGUCUGUUGCCAGUGCUCUAGGUACUCCACCAUAUUUUGGAGCCAUGGUACUAUCAUUUCUUUCCAACCUCAUGGGUGGCCUUACACACUAUGGCAUUGGAUCUGCGCCUGUUUUCUAUGGGGCCAACUAUGUGCCUCUUGCCAAAUGGUGGGGUUAUGGGUUCCUCAUAUCUGUUGUCAACAUAAUUAUCUGGCUUGGAGUUGGAGGGGUAUGGUGGAAGGCCAUUGGUUUGUGGUAAAGGAUGGUUCAUGAAAUCUGCCGACCCAAAUUUUAUGAUUACUCUUGGAUGGGUUUUUCUCUUUCUGGUUUCUGUCUAAAUGAGAGAUUGUUAGUUUUGUUACCGAUUCUUUGUUAAAGAAAUAAUCUUCUGGUGGAGGAUUUGGAUGGAAAGGUUAUAUACACAUACAGUCCGUUUUAGAGGUGAAAUUAUAAUUUGUACCUGAAAUUUUGACAUGGCAUUGCAAAUUUGCAACCGCCUACAAUUCAUCAUUUGUAACGCAGUGAUUACUCAUGUGCCUGAAUAUCCUUUUGCUCA